AUGAAUUCAGCAAGUUUCCAGCUUUCGAAAACUGUAAGAUUUCGGACCACAGUUAUUUUAAUAUUUUUUCAAGCAUCUUUGGCUGUGGGCCAAAGUUGUACUAUGCAGACAUUGAACCAUGCAGACAUUGAACCGAAAAUCCAGGCUAGGCUGUGGGUAGUGCACAUAGACGUUAAAAAUAUCCUAUACUGUUUUUUGUGUGCAAGGUUAGCAUUAAAAAGGAGUUUGAAGGUUGUAAUAGAUUCAGAGGUUUCUGGAUUAACCCAAACUACAAUAAAAAUGAUAUCCCACCGUUGCAAAACUUAUGCUAGAUUGAUAUUUUUGAGAUUUCGGACCAGAGUUAUUUUAAUAUUUUUUCAAGCACGUUUGGCCCACAGCCAAAGUUGUACUAUGCAGACAUUGAACCAUGCAGACAUUGAACCGAAAAUCCAGGCUAGGCUGUGGGUAGUGCACAUAGACGUUAAAAAUAUCCUAUACUGUUUUUUGUGUGCAAGGUUAGCAUUAAAAAGGAGUUUGAAGGUUGUAAUAGAUUCAGAGGUUUCUGGAUUAACCCAAACUACAAUAAAAAUGAUAUCCCACCGUUGCAAAACUUAUGCUAGAUUGAUAUUUUUGAGAUUUCGGACCAGAGUUAUUUUAAUAUUUUUUCAAGCACGUUUGGCCCACAGCCAAAGUUGUACUAUGCAGACAUUGAACCAUGCAGACAUUGAACCGAAAAUCCAGGCUAGGCUGUGGGUAGUGCACAUAGACGUUAAAAAUAUCCUAUACUGUUUUUUGUGUGCAAGGUUAGCAUUAAAAAGGAGUUUGAAGGUUGUAAUAGAUUCAGAGGUUUCUGGAUUAACCCAAACUACAAUAAAAAUGAUAUCCCACCGUUGCAAAACUUAUGCUAGAUUGAUAUUUUUGAGAUUUCGGACCAGAGUUAUUUUAAUAUUUUUUCAAGCACGUUUGGCCCACAGCCAAAGGAGGUAUUUAGUUCGUUACGUGUUCAGUUCAUCACUUGCUGAUUCUGUUUUCAGUUUACGUGAUGUUUAA